AAUACAAGUUAAUACAUGGUUAUAAAAAUUAAAAAAUAAAACUCUACACGCACCACACAUAUACCGAUAAGAUCGAAAAGUUAUUAGAUUUUUAGUGCGUCGGUUGCGCUCAGGUGUAACGAGUCGCCGAUAAGCGGAGGUAGAACUGCGCUGCACCGCAGUCUGCAUUCCUCGCCAUCGGGCACCGAGCACCGGGCAAGGCGCGAGCCGCACGCGGCGUCAGCAUGCGCCCGCCGCACCCCGCUAUCGCGCUCGGCCUGGCCCUCUGCGUCUGUGCACCGACCCCGCCCAUCGACCACAACUUUAGAUACGAGAAAUUACAAAAUUACGGACUAGGUAAGCGUAUAAUUCCAAACUAUAGACGUGUGAAUGUUGGAUACGCGUACCCCGAGCCGCUGGGCGGCACCGGGCCGGUGGGGGCGGCGGGGGCGGGGUACGUGCGCGGCCCCUACCGCAGCAUCUACCAGGGCGCGCGGCGCCGCGGCGACCGGCGCGUGUACAUGAAGCGCUUCGACUACGCAGCUAAGCCCUCCGGCCACCGCAUCUUCUGCCAGGCCAUCACCGACUGCGAGAUCUCGCACGUGGCGAUAGAGACGGGCGGGGGCGGGGGCGGGGGCGUGCCGGUGUUGCUGCGCGGAGGCGCGGGCUACCGACACCUCAGCGCGGUGGUGAAGGGGCGGGGAGGUAGGACUAGUGUGUAGGACAA